UAACAGGGGAACUAGAUUAAACAACACUCCACCACAUACAUGUAAACAAACUCCGACAUCUAACACCCGCUCUAAAAUAACAGUGUCUUCUUUAGAACACCUCAAGUCUUUCACAGGAAGUAGACAACUUUGAGCACUCAGAGCCUGGGGGUGGGACAAGUAACACUGUUGCUACAACUAAAGAGAGUCCGUAGCAUACUAUCCAACGGCAAGUGCAGGAUAGUGUGUGUGUGUGUGCAUGUGUGUAUGUCUAUGUGUGUGUCCACGAAGGCAGGAGGGCAGCUGUCGUGUAGACUUGCAACGGAUUAAGAAGUGCAGUGUUUUUUCUCUGGGACAUCUUGAAGUCUUUAACAAGAUUAAAGGCAAGUUAGACACUGUGUAAUAUGGCAGACACGUUGCGGAGGCUGGUGAACACUUCAUCCUACAGUGUCUUGCAGCAAAAGCUAGAAACCUGGUACAAAGAUUAUCAUGUGAUCUCAUGUGACCAGAACCUAAACCGGUGCUGUGAGCUAGUGGAGCUCACCUCUAAUAUCCAGGGGCAGCUGUUCACUAUACUCAACCUUACUGCACAAGAAGGAGGUCACUAUGCAGGAGUGGACACUCUUAAAUCUCGCUUGCUGCCCUGGCUUGGAACAUGCUUCACCAUGCCAAGUGCCUCUGUCUCACCAGGCACCAGUCUCAAUCUUAUUCAGGACAAUGUGGAGAAGGAGCGAAGGAUCCGUGAGCUGUCAUUUUCCCAUGAGAGUGACAUGCAGAAGAUUGAGGACCAGCUCUGCUCCACACGGAUAGAGCUGGACUCUGUAAAACAGCAACUUGCUGAUGCUAAGAUCGAACUGGAUUCCACCAAAAACAGGUCAGCGACUACUCUUCUUGCCACAGAAGAUGAGAUACUACACCUGAAAGCAGAAUUGCGGACGGCCUAUGAUCAGGUGGACCUCUAUAAGAAGAAGCUGGACGUGAUGGAGGACUAUGAGAGGCAGGUCAGAUUAAUGAGAGAUGAAGUCACUUUUCUUACUGCUGAGAAAUCCAUGCUACAGGAAAGGCUGGUGAGGAGUCGCUCUCCCAGUCCUCUUCCUCGACGCAGUCGUAAUAGCAGUCCUGUGAGGAGUGAAUCUCCAACACGUGCCCAGCUCACCAGCUCAUCUCGCCAUGCACGGCUUGUAUCUCGCUUCUCUGACCUGUAUGCCAUCGAACGGCUGGAGGCCCAGAGCCUCCUCCGCCGCUACAUCGACGACUUGGAGACAGUGCAGAGGAUCAUCUUCAUUGCUGCUACGGAAUCAUUUCUGGCAGCUAAAUUGGCGUAUCGUCAGUUUAAGCUGCGUGUGAGGAAAACCCUUUCCCCUUCACAUGUGGGUCCUGAGAGUUUGGAGGACGCCGUAGUGGACUACAUCGUCAGGAACCUUGACCUUUAUGAUGUGCAGACAAGCAUUAGUGAUGUGAUCAACUCAAUGAAUGUGAACCCACGUAUAUCCUUCCCUCCAGAAGUGGACUUUAUGCUCAUCAGUAGUUUCAUCAGAGAGAUGUGUAGAAUUGCUUUUGACAUGCAGACUCUGGAUCCUCCUCUAGACCUCGCCUUUAGCUCAGAUGGAGAACUCUACAAUGACAUCAAGUACAGGCGUAGUUAUGAUUCAGAGUUCACUGCGCCGCUGGUGGCGUAUCACGUGUGGCCUGCUCUGAUGGAGGGAGACAAAGUCAUAGUGAAAGGAGAGGCUGUCACCAGGAGAGGGGCAUUGUGGAGGAGCCGAAGCCGCAGCAGCAGUCCAGUUCGCUCUCGCUCAGGAAGCCCCAGCCGCACACUUAUGUCCAGUCGUAGUCGCAGCCCGUCCCCUGGACGUCUCUCGGCCAGCCGGUUGUAAACACGUGUGAAGCCACUCUGAAGCUGUUGAAGAAUCAUUUCAGACAAACAUCUAUAGCAUGAAGGAUAUUUUCCUUUUAUCUGCUUUCUCUCUUUACACAAAUUCAGUGUCAGGGACAUCAGAUGGACACCAGGAACAUGCUUUAAUAAAUCAGGACCAUAUCCACAGUCUACAUGCUGAUACACUGGUACUACUGUAGAGUCAAAAUAACAAUAUUUGCUCUUCUGAGUGGAAAAGGUCUUCAGUCUUUGGCCUUUGCUUAAGGUGCUUUAUCUCUUUAUCAAAGACCACAAAUCUUUUAAUGGUGCUGUGGGU